AUAGAAGGCGCUUUGAUUUCAGUCGGAACCUACAACGAAGAAAAUAUGAAAGCCUUGCUUUUGUGCAGUUUUGGGGUGACGCUUUUAAGCGUUGCUUUCGCUACGAAUUUGCCAAAAAUAGAAAACAUCGAAGACGGUCUCCAAGAAGUUGAUCAAACCAGAUUACUUGACUAUCCGAACGAACAAGUUGAUGCACCCUCGGAAAAACGAAAGGAUGACGAUGAAUCGCCGAAUGCUCACRAACAAGAAGAGCAAGCUCUAGAAGAUUCGCUGCCGAACAAGGGACAUGUAUUGUUUGACAAGGGAAAGAAAGAAAUACAUCGAUGCUCGUUGCCACUUGGUAUGGAAAACGGGCAGAUUCGAGACUCAGCCAUCACAGCGUCAUCUUAUGCCGCUCUUCCUGGUUACCGGGCCUCUCGCAGUCGAUUGAACACGGUCUCUAUUGGGGCAGCAGGUUAUGGGGCCUGGGUUGGAGCCACAAAUGACGGCAAACAGUGGCUACAGAUUGACCUUAGUGAAGUAGCACGAGUGACCCGAGUCGCAACUCAAGGCAGAUCUGACGCCGACCAAUGGACUAAAACUUAUUCCUUAAGCUACAGUUUUGACGGUAUCCACUGGGCUUUUUACAAGAUCAAUAGCUUUGUUAAGGUAUUUACCGGGAAUACAGAUCGGAACAAUAUCGUCAGCCAUAACGUUACUCCUUACAUUGAGGCUCGCUAUGUUAGGUUUAACGUAUUGACUGCUCAAUCCCAUCCUGCAUUGCGAGUAGAACUCUAUGGCUGCAGAACAGUUCACAGCUGCGCAGAAGCAGUUGGAAUCGAGGAUGGUCGUAUACCCGACAGCUCAAUGUCAGCGUCUUCAGUUCUUUCAUCCGCAUUUUCAGCUAAAGAAGCUCGACUAAAUCUGCAGCGCACUGCCUGGAUKCCUAAAACACAGGAUGGUAAUCAGUACUUGAGAAUCGAUUUAACCAAGGUUUACAGYGUAACCAAGGUUACGACUCAAGGAAGGUACAAUAUUGACCAAUAUGUGAGGCGAUACACAAUUACGUCGAGCCUUGAUGGAGCACACUGGGUUUUGUAUAAGCAAGAUGGUUAUAAUGUGAAGACGUUUAUGGGCAAUAACAAUGGCAAUACACCCGUGUCGCACCUUCUGAAUCCACGCAUUGAAGCUCUUUUCAUUCAGUUCAACCCAGUGACGUGGCAAAGCUACAUUGCCUUGAGAGUUGAAGUGCAUGGAUGUCCCUCAAAACCAAUAUGCCGUCUUCCUCUUGGUAUGGAAGAUGGUCGAAUUCAAAAUGCCCAGYUGACAGGCACAAGUAGUGUAGCAUUCGAUGCAAGAUUGUAUGGCUCGAAAGCGUUCAUAGCRAGUGCUAACAAUGUCAACCAGUAUCUUCAAGUAGACCUCGUUCGUGUUGUUAAGGUUACAGGCAUUGCUAUGCAAGGUCGCCCUACCUCAACACAAUAUGUGAAGACUUAUACUGUCUCCUAUAGUGUUGAUGGAUCGCAUUGGGUCGAUGUCAGAGACUACAGCCAAGUCAAGAUAUUCUCUGGYAACAAUGACAGAAGUUCAGUUGUUAGGAAUGAAUUCAAUCAACCUUUCUUCGCCCGAUUCGUAAAGAUACAUCCUAAAUCAUGGCAAGCUCAUAUCGCUUUUAGAACUGAGCUUUACGGCUGUGAAGCAGAUGGUUUGUGCUUCAAGCCACUUGGUUUAGAAGAYGGAAGACUAUCAGACCAACACAUCACAGCAUCCUCAUACUACAAUGCACACUACAAACCCGAGUAUGGCAGACUGAACAAUGUCGCUAUAGGCUCAAAGAAAGGCUCCUGGCUAGCUAAAAAUAACAAUCCAGAUCAGUAUUUACAGGUGGACUUAGGACGACAACAUGUCGUCACUAAAGUAGCAAUCCAAGGAAGGUACGAAGGUGCUAAUUUUGUGAGRAGUUUCACGCUUUCGUACUCCCAAGAUGGCAGCCAUUGGACAUAUUAUCGAUUGGGUGGUGGUGGAAUCAAGGUAUUUGGUGGUGUUGCCGAUCAGCAUUCCAUUCGCUUUAAUCACCUUUCUCCAUCGAUUACUGCUAAAUUUGUACGUAUCCAGCCGAAGACAUGGCAGGGGCACAUCGCUAUGAGAAUGGAGUUAUAUGGAUGUCAUCUAGUUAACACAUGUAUGGAGCCGCUUGGAGUUGAGGAUGGGAGAAUAUCAGGUAGCGCCAUGACUKCAUCCACUGAACACAGUGCGAAAUUCGCUGCCAAAUUUGGACGUUUGAACAUAAAGGCGACUGGUACCAACCAUGGUGCGUGGUGUAGCAAAACUGCCAAUAAUAAUGAAUGGCUUCAGAUCAUGUUGAACCAGGCAACAGUAAUCACUAAAGUUGCACUUCAAGGUCGACAGGACCAUCCCCAAUGGGUGACUAGCUUCAAGCUGCAGUUUAGCUACGAUGGAGUAAAUUGGGCUGAAUACAGACAUGAGAGUAGAACUGUGAUCUUCCCUGGUAACUUCGAUCAGCACACAAUUCAAUCUUAUAAUCUUCACCCUCCAAUUUAUGCAAAAUUCCUGCGUUUGAGGCCUYUAACCUGGCAUGGUUUCACAUGUCUUCGCACUGAAAUCUUUGGAUGCAUCGCAAAGGGUGUUGGAGAAAUUGCGAUUACAUCAUAAGAAAUCAAGCGAAAUUCUGGAUUUACAAGGGAAAAACAGCUGCUUAAGCAAAAAACAAAACUUAACAUAAUGGCUCACAGUUACAUGUAAUACUCAGUUCAACUCGAAAUAAAACUUGCAGGUGUGGCUUGAACACACUUGGAUCAA